AUUUACUGUUCUUUCAUUUUCUAAAUCUUCAUAAUUGUACCUGUUAAUCAGACGGAUAUCUUUAAUAAUGAGGUAGCAUAUAAACAUAUAGCCAACUAGUCUCAACUGUUUGGAAAACUAACAAGAUUGUUGACGAUGUUAACUUUGAUGUUUCGCCAACCAGCCUUACCGAAUAUCCAAUUAGGAGUGUUUUUUUCCAAUAUAAAUCUAUAAGUUGUGUACCAUGGAUGAUGCUGAUGUUGGUCGCUUGUGCAUACUUAGUUUCUAAAUGGUGGCCUGAAAUCCAAUAAUGAAGAAAUAAAAAAGUAAGUUUCUAAAUGGUGGCCUGAAAUCCAAUAAUGAAGAAAUAAAAAAGUGAGUUUUAAUAUGUGUGUGUGUGUAUAUAUAUAUAUACACGUAUGUAGUAGAACCAGAGUCUAUCUAUACCUUGGCUUGAACUACAAGAAAGUAGUGUGUUCUUAAGCUAUGGUCACCUCAUCAGCAUCAAGCUUGAUAUUGUUCUGCCUCACAGUUUCAUUGCUUCUUCUUCUUCUUCCCUUGCCCUCCCAUUGUGCGGACCCUGAUCCUUUACUAGACUUGUGUGUGGCAAACUUGACUGCCUCCACAUCAUCUAGCUACUUCCCCUGCAAACUCCCCUCGGAGGUUACUGCAGAUGACUUUGUCUUCGACGGGCUGAGCAAGCAAGGUAACGUCACGAACCUCUUUGGGGUGGCCGUGACAACCGGGAAUGUCCUUUCGUUCCCGGGGCUCAACACUCUCGGGUUAUCCAUGAACAGAGUUGACUUUGGGCCGGGUGGGAUUAACCCGCCUCACUCGCACCCUCGUGCUAGUGAGAUUGGGAUUGUCAUUGAAGGGACGAUCCUUUCAGGGAUUGUGACAACUAAGAAUGUGUACUACGGUAAGGUCGCGACUGCGGGGCAAGUGUUUGCGGUUCCAAGGGGACUUGUUCACUUUGAGCUAAAUCUUGGGCAAACAAAGGCCCUUUUCUUCACAGCUUUCAACAGCCACUUGCCUGGCUCCACUGUUCUUCCUCUAAGUCUAUUUGCUGCGGCCCCUUCAAUCCCAAUGGAAGUGCUGACCAAGACCUAUCUAGUGGAUGAAGAUGCGAUCAACGCCAUGAAAUCCAAGUUCGUCUUUUAAAAUAAUAUGAGUGGAAUUCUCGAUUUGUUUCGCUUUGUUUGAAGGUUUGGAUUGUAUGUAUAUAGUAAUGUUAAUGUUGUAUGGGUAGACGAAGUUUGAAAAAUAAAGCUUGGGCCGUACGUCCUUGUAUCGUA